AUGGUCCCCCGCCGUCGAUUCGGCCGUCGCUUUGCUGCCAUUGCUGCGGCCGUUGCCCUCUUCUUCCUGUACCACGUCUUCUCCCUACAAUCCAAUCUCUCGCAACCACGACCAUCAUCAUCCGUCCCCAACAGCGCUGGCGCCCCCGUCUCCGUUCCCGAAAACAACGCCGACGAAUCCACUCCAUUGUGCCCGCCACUCCCCGGAAUUAACGAUGUGCUGGUGGUGAUGAAAACCGGUGUGACCGAGUCUAGAGACAAGGUCCCGGUCCAUUUCGACACCACCUUGCGCUGCGUCCCGCACUAUGUGAUAUACUCUGACUUUGAGGAGGAGAUUGAGGGUGUUAAGAUCCAUGAUGUCCUCCGUGACAUGAGUCCCGAGGUGACGGAGCAGAUUCCUGACUUCAACAUCUACAACCGCAUCAAGACCUAUGGUCGCAAGGGUCUCGAGCAGGACGACUUCGCCGACGAGGCCAAUUCCGCCAUCGGCAAGCCGAAUAAUCCGGGCUGGAAACUGGAUAAAUGGAAGUUCCUACCCAUGGCCCAGGCUGCGCUGCGCCAUAAACCCAAUGCCAAGUGGUUCGUCUUCAUGGAAGCCGAUACGUACGUCUCGUGGCCAACCCUGCUGGCCUGGCUCGCCAAAUUCGACCACAACAAGCCCUACUAUCUGGGCACGGAGACCCAGAUUGCCGACGUCAUCUUUGCUCACGGCGGCUCGGGAUUCAUGCUUUCGAACCCCGCCCUGCAGCGAGCCUCCGACCAGUACGCCGUGCACCAGGUCGACCUGGACCACUACACCAACGAGCACUGGGCCGGCGACUGUGUCCUUGGCAAGGUCCUAGCCGACGCCGGCGUCAACCUGCACUACUCCUGGCCGGUCCUGCAAAACUCCAACAUCGGCGAGCUGGACGAGUUCACCACCGAACUCUACCGCGAGCCCUGGUGCUACAUAGCGAUUGCACUGCACCACCUGAACUCUCAAGACAUCGAGAACCUGUGGAACUUUGAGCAAAAGCGCUGGCGCGAUAAAAACAAACGCAUUCUCCUGCACAGCGAUAUCUUUCGUGAAUACCUCUUCCCCGAGAUCGCCCAACAGCCCACAAGACUCAGCUGGGACAACCUCGCCGCCGACGAACAGCCUUUCGCCACAUCCCUCGAGGACUGUCGCCAGAUCUGUGAACUCCAAAAGACCUGUGUACAAUUCUCCUUCCGCGAAAACAAGUGCUACACCAGCGGAAAACCGCGCCUGGGCAACGUGGACGCAAAAGGAGGCGCGUCAGGCUGGUUCACGAGCCGGAUCCGUGACAUGGUGGAUCGGAAGGGGCUAUGCAAGGCGCCGGAGUUUGGCGGCCCCUAA